GUUUGAGGUUGCACGUGACUGCUACUGCUGUUGUUAACCGAUGCGAGUUUGUUUGCCUGUAUCUGUCGUUGACAACAUUUGAUAGCGAUUUCCAGGACAUUUCCUUCCAGAUUCUAAAAGAGUAUCAGAACAAUCGACGGAAAUGGAUCUAAUUCAUGGCAUAUCAAUGAUUAUGAUAUUGUUAUAUCUACUCUGUAUCGCCACUAGGUACUGUAAAACUGCGCCUAGAAAAAUGAUAAUAGAUACAGAUGCUGGGGGAGAUGAUGCUCUAGCAAUAAUGUUGGCCCUCAUGUACGAGACCAAGACACAUGACAUCGAAAUUCUAGCUAUAACUGCUACAUAUGGUAACACAUACUUGGAGAAUGUGGAACAGAACGUUUUAAAGACUUUAACAAUUGCCAAUAGAAGCGAUAUACCUGUAUACAGCGGUGCCCAAAAACCAUUGAUAAAUGUAUAUGAAAAUAGUGAUUAUUUUGGCAAGGACGGAUUUGGAAAUUUCAAUUUUACCAGAAACAUAACUGCAAAAGUAGACAAAUCAAAACACGCUUCUGUGCUACUUGUAGAAUUGGUGAAAAAAUAUCCAGGCGAAAUAACUAUAGUCAGUCUUGGACCUCUGACAACGAUUGCUACAGCAAUCGCGUUGGAACCUAAUUUCCUGCAUCUAGUAAAGCAACACGUUGUAAUGGGAUCGAGCCUCGACAGUAGUAACAUUGAAUUUAAUUUCCAACAAGAUCCGGAAAGUGAUUGGAUUGCAUUGAAUAACACCAAUAAACCUAGUAUUAUAUUUCCAUUAGACACAGUACAGGCUAAUUCUAUCUCAAAGGAGGAAUACAGAAACAUUUAUAGUACUCUAAAUGGUUCUAUCGCAAACUUUUUGCUUCAAGCUGAAAGAAUAGCUUUGGAAAGAACCGAAAUGUGGGAAGCAGCAGACGGAAUGGCUAUGGCAAGUGCUCUACGAUCGGAAAUAAUAACGGAACGUUAUAAAACUAACUUAAAACCGAUAAUCGCCGGUGAUGCAAGAGGUUCAGUUGUGAAAGAUGAUAAUAAUAAUCAAGUAUGCAACGCAGAAAUUAUAAAAAAUAUUAACGUAACCGCAUUUAAAAAUCUGCUAUUGGAAUAUCUUUCUUAACAAUAUUUUUUUUAAAUUGUGAAAUUAUAACUAUACCAUAAAUUAAAUUAAAUUAU